CUCUGGAUUCCUGCCUGGUGGAGAGGAAGCCAUGGCUCUCCGAGUCACCAGGAACACGAAGGUAAAUACUGAAAAUAAGGCGAAGACCAUGGGUGUUGCAGGCGCCAAGCGAGUGCCUAUGGCUACUGGUGCCGCUUCCAAGCCCAUGCUGAGGCCAAGGAUCGCCCUUGGAGACAUCGGUAACAAAGUCAGCGAACAGUCCCAGGCCAAAAUGAUUCUGAAAAAGGAUGUAAAAACGGCAGCUGCUGGAAAAGUUAUGGCCAAAAAAUUAUCAAAACCACUGGAAAAGGCACCUGAGCCUGAGCCUGAGCUUGAACCUGUGCCUGAGCCAGAACCUGAGCCUGUUAAAGAAGAAAAGCUUUCGCCUGAGCCUAUUUUGGUGGAUACUCCCUCUCUAAGCCCAAUGGAAACAUCUGGAUGUGCCCCUGCAGAAGAAUAUCUGUGUCAGGCUUUCUCUGACGUAAUUCUUGCAGUGAGUGAUGUGGAUGCAGAAGAUGGAGCUGAUCCAAACCUUUGUAGCGAAUAUGUGAAAGAUAUUUAUGGUUAUCUGAGACAACUUGAGGAAGAGCAAGCAGUCAAACCGAAAUACCUAGUGGGUCGGGAAGUCACUGGAAAUAUGAGAGCCAUCCUUAUUGACUGGCUAGUGCAAGUUCAAAUGAAAUUCAGGUUGCUGCAAGAGACCAUGUACAUGACUGUUUCCAUCAUUGAUCGGUUCAUGCAGAAUAACUGUGUGCCCAAGAAAAUGCUGCAGCUGGUUGGUGUCACUGCCAUGUUUAUUGCAAGCAAAUAUGAAGAAAUGUACCCGCCAGAAAUCGGUGACUUUGCCUUUGUGACUGAUCACACUUACACUAAGCACCAGAUCAGACAGAUGGAAAUGAAGAUUUUAAGGGCUUUAAACUUUGGCCUGGGGCGCCCUCUGCCCUUGCACUUCCUCCGGAGAGCAUCCAAGGUUGGAGAGGUUGAUGUUGAGCAACAUACUUUGGCCAAAUACCUGAUGGAACUAACUAUGCUGGACUACGACAUGGUGCACUUUCCUCCUUCUCAGGUUGCAGCAGGAGCUUUUUGCUUAGCACUGAAAAUUCUUGAUAAUGGUGAAUGGACUCCAACUCUGCAGCAUUACCUGUCAUACACCGAAGAAUCUCUUUAUCCUGUUAUGCAGCACCUGGCUAAGAAUUUAGUCAUGGUGAAUCAGGGGCUUACAAAGCACAUGACUAUCAAGAACAAGUAUGCGACAACUAAACAUGCAAAGAUCAGCACUCUAGCACAGCUGAACUCCGCGAUAGUUCAAGAUCUAGCCAAGGCUUUGGCCAAGGUGUAACUUGUGAACUUGAGUUGGAAUAUUUUAAUAUCUAUAAAUAAAGUUGGCACUAUGUGCUGUCUGUACAUAUUAUAUGAUACACUUACAUUUAAUAAAGUCUAUGGCUCUUUUUACUUUUUAUAACUUAACUCAUUUGGAUGUGAUUGCUUCCUCAUUUGUUGCUUCCUAAAAGUUGUCUUAAAGGAAUGGUUGACUGAGUAUAAAAGAAACAACUGGUUUCACUUUACCAUGUAACCUAACUAAUGUAUAUCAUCGUUGCCUAAUGGUUUUUAAAUACUUGGUGUUUCUUGUUUUAUGUACCUGACUUUUUACUUUACUAAUGUGAAUUCCUGAGGUGGUAAAGACUUUUAUUUAGUUAUAAUCUGAAUUUCCAUAUGGCGUGUAAACCAAAGUAAAAGUCCUACUACCUCCCA